AUGUACAUUCACGAGAUCGUUCUUGAGGGGUUCAAGUCCUACUCUUCGAGAGUCAUCGUGGGCCCCCUCCACCCUCAGUUCAACGCCAUCACUGGCCUCAAUGGCACCGGGAAAUCCAACAUCCUGGAUUCCAUUUGUUUCGUUCUCGGCAUUUCCAACCACUCCCUAGUACGGGUGUCUCGGCUUGAAGACUUGGUCUACAAACAAGGACAGGCUGGCGUUCAGAAGGCGACGGUUACGAUAAAGCUGAAGAACGACCCUGAUGGAGGCAAUAAUCCGUUGCCGCCUCCUUACAGAGACAUGCGAGAGAUAUCAAUAACGAGGCAGAUAAUCAUUGGGGGUAGGGACCGCUAUCUUCUAAACAGCCGCAUAGCUCAAGUUAAGGAGAUCCGCGACUUCUUUCAGUGUUGCAAAAUAACGAAAGUGAUCAACAUGAAACCGAAGGAGUUGUUGGGGCUGAUUGAGGAGGUCUCUGGCACUCGCAUGUAUGAAGUUAAGCGCGAAAGCGCGGUGAAGUUGGUGGAAAAGAAGGAACAAAAGUUGCUCGAAAUUCAAAACGUCCUGUCAGAGGAAAUACAGCCAAAUGUUGAAAGACUGCAAAAAGAAAAAACGGAAUAUCAAAACUACGUCACACUCAAGGAAUCGCUGCAGCACUUUCAACGCUUUGAAACCGCAUACCGCUAUUUCUGCGCCAAGCAGACUGUGCAGCAAGGCACUGAGGCUUUCGCUGAGCUGCAGAGGCGACGAGCGGAGUUAAUCGCUGAACUAGAUGAAGCAGAUCGGCAGCUCGAGGAGGCACAGAAACAGCUGAAGGCCCUGGAGGCAGCGCGAGCUGAAAAGGAUGCGCCGCUCAAGCUGCUGAGACAAAAGAGAGAAGAGCUUGAAAAGGCAGUCUCGCGACUGCAGGCAGACUCGCGAAGCUGCAAACGGGACUUGGAAAUGCUGCAGUCUUCUGUGGAGGACCAGCAGAAGGAGGCGGCACGUUUGGAGGCUGCUUUGAAGGACUUUCGGGCAACUCGUUCUGCGGAAGCUGCUCAGGCAGAACAAUUGGCAGAAGAAGUUGAGCGUAUGCAAAAAGAAUUGCAAGAAAGCAACUCCAAGCUUCAGGCCGUCUGCAGCGGAGGGGUGGGCGCCUCAGGCUCCAUUCGCGAGGCUCUUAAGACCAGCAGGUCGGAAGAGGCCCGCCUUGAAGCACAGGACUUCUCCCUGAGCCAGGAAAUCAACUACUUGAAGACAGAGCUACAGGAACUGGCGGAAAAAGAGAAAAACGCAGGCGCUGAACGAGCUGCAUACGAAGCCAACGUAAAGGAACAGAGGGAGCGGGUGCAGCAGCUACGGAUGCAGUUGGAUGCACUAGGCAACACCGAGUGCUCUGUUGCUGCAAUGCAGAAAACUCUCGGCGAGCUGCAAGAGAAAUACCGCGUGCUAUCGGCGGAAGCUCAGGAGGCCAUGCAAGAGCUACGGGCCUGGGCUAAGAUUGACGUGCGGCUUCCCCGAGGCCUUAACCCGGCGCGUCUGCUGGGGCAGCUCUUUGAGUUAGUUUAUCUCAAGCAGGAGUACCUUUCCUACAGCAAAGCCAUGCAGGUAUACAUGCACUGCACAAGACAUCAGCAGAAAGUAGAGCUACGACACCCUGAUCAAGUAUCCGCUCUGUCUCAUCUUCAGGUACUGGUGGGCGGAAAGCUCGAAUACAUCAUUGUGAGCGACAAAGAAGCGAUACCUCCUGCAGGCAAAGCAAUCUUCAAAGAAAACAACUUCGCUAGCGGCAGAAGACGUGUCACCCUCCUCCCCAUCUCCGAGUGCGUCGUUGGCAGAGUGUGCGACCAGCAGGCUCUUGCGGCCAACCGCCGUCUCGUGGGUCUCGACCCCGAAGACUCAACGGGUGUCUUGCGUUGUCUGGAUAUGGUGGAAUACGACCGGCACAGACACUCCAAGGUGGCAGAGUACGGCUUCGGCGGGGGGUUGAUUUGCCGCUCUGCAGCCAUAGCGCAGAAGAUCACCUAUCAGAAGAACUACCGCCUCGCCUUCCCUACUGCCACCCCAGACGGCGAUGUCUACCAGACAGGCGGCGUCAUGUCCGGGGGAAGUGUGCAGGGUUUGCGGCAAACGAUGCUGGUGUUCAAGCGCUACAAAGAUGCAACAACAGCGGCAGAAGAGGCCGCGAAUCGCAUCAGGGCGGUAGAAGCCGAGUUGUCCCCCCUUCAGUCGCGGGCUCAGCAAGCUGCGGGUCUUCAGAAGUCUCUGCGUCUGGCAGAGAACCAACUGCAGAACACAGAGCGCCUGCUAGGCAGCAGCGGCACGGGCUGCAGCCGCGCCCGUGUAGAGGAGCUCCAGAAGCUCGUGGUGGAGAAACAGCAGAUAAAGAACGAUGUGCAGCAAAAGCAAAAAGAAAUUCAAAAGGAGAUAAAAAAGCUUGAGGCAGAGAUUUACGACCUGGAGACCAACAAAGACAAAAUCGAGGCCUCCCUCAGUAAAACGGUGAAGGCUCUCCGAGCUCAGCUGAAGCAGGCAGAGUCCCAACUAGAGAAGCUGCAAGCCAAGACCGGCGAUGUGCGGUUGCAGUUGCAGACGAUGCAGCAGGAAUUAGAAGGGGCCCGCAGCGACUUGGCAUCUCGGGUUGAGAAGGUGGAGCAGCAGCAGCAGCAAAUGAACACAAAAAAAGCAGCACUGCAAGAGAAAAUAUCGGAACAGAAAGCCAUUGAAGCAGAAAUUGCAGAGCAGAUGAAAGAAGCACAGAAGGAGAAUCAGCAACAGCACCGAGUAGCGGAGGCGUUGAAGAAAACAGCAAAAAUGAAGGAGGCAAAAUCUCUUGAACUCAAAAAGGUGCUCAAGGAGCUCCAGCCAAACCGCAGCUUCAGAGCAGUCAAACCCUAA